AUAGAUUUACCACACAAAAUGUGGUUUCAAAUGUGUGGACUUCUACAGAGUGGCCCAUGUAACGUUUGCUUUUUGAACUAUCGAUAAUUUUGACUUUAACAUUACGAAUGUCAUUCUAAAUGUGUCAGAUAUUUAGUAUAAGGUUUGCGGUUUACAAAAUGGUUAAGAUUACGCUCGAAGAAAGUUGGAAAAUAUUGAUAGGCAAAUCUUCCAUGGACCCUAUAAUAGGAACCUAUUAAUAUGUUGGCUAUUAAAGCUUAUCCAUCUACAAGUCUUUAUAUGACAUGAUUUUUUUUUAAGUAAAAUUAAGAAUUCUUCCAUUGCCAAUCACUGAAACCCAGAAUAUUAUGAUAUUCUAAACUUCUUAGUAAAAGAAAGAAAGAAGUAAAGAAGGUACCUAAUGAUAUGGUUCAUUAGGGACCUUCUUUAAAAAUCAAUCUAGUCUAGUACGUUCUGCAUACUUAACCCAAACUAAACAAGUCGACUCUGAGCCGAGUGUCAAUGUCGUAGUCAUUCGGUUUGGAUAGACGCUUGCCUCACUUUCAGUUCUACUUUUAAAGUAAACAGAUCAAAACGAGAAAUUCAGUUUCGGGAAAGUGACUUCAAGUGAACGAAUAUUUUUUCGGGUUUCCAAUUGAUUGGCAUCCACUAAAAAGUAGCCAUGUCGCUGAAAGCGGAGGAGAAUCCUUUUACGGGAUCGGAUGAAAUGUCUGAGGAUGCUCUCCCCACUAAGGAGGAAAUAAUCCAAAAGGAAGACUAUGUUAGUCCGAAAAUGGAAAUGAUGGAGGUAGAAGAUGAUAUUCUUAAAAUGAAAAUGAUGGAAGUAGAAGAAGCUACUUCUAAAAUGGAAAUCUUGCAGAUAGAAGAUGCUACUCAUAAUAUGAAAUUAACCCAGAAGGAAGUCGAUGACGAUCCUAAAGUUGAAGAAAUGAAGAAAGAAGAAGUUACUCCUAUAAUUGAAUUAUCCCAGAAAGAAGAAGAUAAUACUCCGAAAAUUGAAAUAUCUCAAGAAGAAAAUCUACUUUCUCCGAAAAUAGAAUUAACCCAUGAAAAUGAAAAUGUUAAUCCUAAAAUGGAAGACAAUCUUCUUACUCCGAAAAUGGAAAUUUCUCAAAAUGAAAAUCCCGCCGAGGUUGCCCCCACUUCGGUUAUUAUGGUCGAAGAGCCAAACACUAUCAUCGAGCUGGUUGAUCUCUAUGUACCACCUGUAUCUUGUGUCCCGGGUAAGGUGUUCUUCAUGAAGAACGAUGGAUCUGGUCCGUUGCUUGUCACUCAAACACCCCAGAUUUGGUUCCACAACUCGACUCUUUUUUACAAUGAACCAGCCAAGCCAGCAGAGACCUCCACUCGGGGAACACGUGGUCGUAAACGUGGCCGAAAGCCUGCAGAUCCCAAUACUCGUCCGGGAAGGCGCCGUCGUCGCGUGGAGACGCCACCACCAUUGCCACCGCCACCGAACUAUCUGGCACAUUGCAUCAAUCCGCUGGAGAAUGAGAUUUAUCCCAAGGUCAUUGUCCAGCCGGCUUAUCAGCCAUGGGUGCUGCCUAAGAACCUAAACGGUGGCGAUUCUCCUCCUCCUCCUCCUACUCCGCCAGAACCAAAAGUUGAACCCAAAAAGGAGACAGUACCGGUCAGCGGUGCAGUAACCACAAACACCACCCAAACCAAGCCCGCGAUCAGUAUGGCUCAGUUGCGCCAGAAACUGCAACUCUUUGGACCAAAUGUCACCAUCUUCCAGUUCAAUGGCAAGGGAACGGCCCGGUUUAAGGCCAUUCUAAAGGAGAACAAUGGUAAUCAUCGCCAGUUGGUAUUCAGUGCCGAUCAGUUGCUCUCUUUUGGUGGCACUUUUGGGCCAAUGCCGAUGAAGGCUCCCAUAACGAUGCCAAAACCAACACCGGCCAUGGUCUCACAUUAUUUCCCAGGACCUGGUGGUCAAAUUUUGGCCAAUAAAAUGUUACACCCUACUCGGCCUGUAGUCAAGAAUUCGGCUGUGAUUAUGGGGCCACCCCUUGCAAGACCUCCAAGGGCUGUCAACGCUAAGCGUGAGAAUUCAACUUAUCUUUAUACUGGACCACCAAAGGUAUCUAAUCCUGUGCGAGGAGUAGCACCAUCGGGAGUAUCUAAUCCUGUGCGAGGUGUAGCACCAUCGGGAGUAUCUAAUCCUGUUCAAGGGGGAACAUCGCGUGUAUCAAGUACCUUUCAAGGAGGGGCUCCAGCAGUAUGUAAUCCUGUUCAAGGAGGGGCUUCAGCAGUAUGUAAUCCUGUUCAAGGAGGUGCUCUAUCAGGAGUAUCUAAUCACAUUCCAGGAGUAGCACCAGACGGAGCAGGAGUAUCAUCUAAUCCCGUUCAAGGAGUAGCACCAUCAGGAGUUUCUAAUCCCAUUCAAGGAGUAGCAGCAGCAACACCAACAGCAGCUCCUGCUCCUACUCCAGAAGCUCAAAAACCUAAAGAAGAACCCAUUCCGGAACCAGAUUUUUCGCAACACAGAAUCGCUUUGCCCGCGAUCCUCAAGCGACAGUCCCAGAUGAAGUUGCUCAAGAUGUUGCAGGCCAAGAGGGCCAAAAAAGCAGCCGAAGAGGCUGAGUUGGCCAAGCAGGCUCAGGAAGCCAAGGAAAAUGAAAAGAAAGCGGCUUAGAUGAAGGAGAAUUUCGGGAAUUCAAAUCAAAAGCUAAGAAAAGCCCAAAAGAAAACUUCAAAAUGCAAAUACGAAAAUUGGAAAAUUCUUCAAGUAAAAUUGAUUUAAAAACUAAAAACUGAUAAAGCUGAUAAAUUACACGUAUUAAUGUAUGAUGUUUCCCACAUUCCAAUAAACAAAUAUCAAAAUUAAAAAACAGGAACAGAGAGAGAGAGAGAGAGGUGGGAGCACUGGCUAAUUGGCUUUGAUAAGGCCAAAAGACCAAACGGUUUCGGUUUUUGUGGUCUAGUGUAAUCUUUUUUGUCACUAAUUGCAGAGCGAUGUCAAAAUGCUUGA